AUGUCUUUUUUUGGAGCAAUGGGGUGUAGUAUGGCGAUGGUCCUCUCCAGCCUAGGAGCAGCAUACGGCAUCGCAAAGUCAGGGAUUGGAAUUUCCGCAGUCUCUGUAAUGAGACCAGACAUGAUGGUCAGGAAUCUGAUGCCACCAAUUCUCUCCGGUAUCCUCUCCAUAUACGGCCUCGUGGUGGCUGUGAUCAUCUCUUCGACGCUUAAAGAGAAGUCUGCGUUACAUACAAACUUCAUGCAGCUAGGUGCUGGGUUGACAGUGGGGCUGAGUUGUUUGAGUGCUGGGUUCACUAUCGGGAUUAUAGGGGAUGCUGGGGUAAGGGCUGCGGGACAGCAGCCUAGAGCGUUUGUGAGCAUGAUGAUGAUGCUUAUCUUUGCUGAAGUUCUGGGGAUCUAUGGAUUGAUUGUGUCGCUGUUGCUCUUGACUGGGUCGGCGAAGUCAGGAGAGAUUACCGUGUGCGCGUACUAG